AGCCAGGAUAACGAUUACCCAUGAUAGCGACACUUUGCCAUUGAGGGUGAUUCCUCAACAGUCAGCCUCCCCCCCCAUGGGGCGGGCUACGGGCGUGCGUGUGGGCUUUUAUGGUGGGGCUGACGGGAUGGGAAACGCGGUUGUUGAAUUCAUUGUGAGGUUGUCGCAAGUGCCAUCGUCUGAACUCUCUCUCCCUGAACCAUUGCCUUCCUCCUCCUCGUCACCACCCACCUUGCCCCUGUUGUACACCGACUUCACUUACUUUCUGAGAAUCUUGCUCGGUGGAUAGAUCAAUCUACAGCUUAUCUGUCCCUUCCUCCUACUCUUCAGGCAUUCUCUUGUUGUUCUAGUCGCAUCCGCGAGAUCCGCCCUCUGUCCGCUUGUCCUCUCUCUCUCUCUCUCUCUCUCUCUGUCCAGUGCCGAAACCAGUCAGAAUGAGCGCUUCCGACUCCCAGUCGAUGUCCGGUCCCUUGACCGUCCUCGUCUCGACCCGAGCGGUUCUCACCCAGCCAGACGACAGCCUUGUCCUUAGCCCAGCCACCAUCUCCGUCUCGCCCUCCACCGGCAAGAUCAUCUCCAUAGUCCCAAAAGUUCUGCCACCUUCCUCGUUCCCACCGUCCACCACCUACAUCGACCAUUCUCCCAAGAUCCUGCUGCCAGGGCUCGUCGACGCCCAUGUGCACCUCAACGAGCCCGGCCGCACAGAAUGGGAAGGCUUUGCAACCGGAACCCGGGCUGCUGCGUCGGGUGGUGUGACGACUGUGAUCGAUAUGCCGUUGAACGCGAUCCCGCCGACCACCACGGUGGUGGGCUUUGAUGAGAAGCUGGCUGCCAGCCGAGGCCAGUGCUGGGUCGAUGUUGGUUUCUACGGAGGCGUGAUCCCCGGCAAUGCAGACCAGCUGGUCCCCCUGGUGGAAAAGGGAGUCAGAGGGUUCAAGGGCUUCUUGAUCGAGAGUGGUGUCGACGAGUUCCCAGCCGUGUCCUCUACCGACAUCUCCCUCGCCAUGCGCACGCUCGCCGACCACCCUACAACCCUCAUGUUCCACGCCGAGAUGAUCCCUCCCAUCUCCGACAGCGUAGGCGACGCAGUGCAGGCGUCCCAGCCGCCCCUCGCGCCCACCGGCGAGCUCAACGCGUACAAUACCUUCCUCGAGUCGCGCCCCCCUUCCUUCGAGACCUACGCCAUCGACGAGAUCAUCUCCCUCGCACACCUCGCGCCCAAGCUGCACCUGCACAUCGUCCACCUCUCCGCCACGGAGUGCAUCCCCAUCCUGCAAAAGGCAAGAGAGGGCGGCAUCAACAUCACGGCCGAGACGUGCUUUCACUACCUGGGCCUCGCUGCCGAGGACGUCGAGGACGGCGACACCAGGCACAAAUGCUGCCCGCCCAUCCGAUCUCAGAUCAACCAGGACGGCCUGUGGGAGGAGCUCUGCAAGGACCACGGGAGCAGCGUCAUCAAGACGGUGGUGUCGGACCAUAGCCCCUGCACGCCCGAGCUGAAGCUGCUCCCUCAGCACCUGCAGCACUAUCACCCCCACGUCGACCUUGUGGGCGGGUCGCUGAUCCACUCCGACUCUGGCGUGGACGUGUCCAUGCCCGGCGAGGCCGACAACAAGACCACCAUCGUGCCUGGAGACUUCUUUGCCGCAUGGGGCGGUAUCUCGUCCGUCGGCCUGGGCCUGCCCAUCCUGCACACCACCGCCAAGGAGCGCGCGCCCAGCGCCGAGCCUCCGCUCGACAUUGUCGACAUUGUCCGCCUGUGCUCGCAGGCGACGGCGCGGCAGGUUGGGCUGUCGCACCGCAAGGGCGGGCUGAAGCCUGGUCUGGACGCUGACGUGUGCGUGUUCGAUGACACAGAGGAGUGGGUGCUCGAGUGCCAGGGCAUGCACUGGAAGAACCGUUGCUCGCCGUGGGAGGGCAAGAAGUUUGUCGGCCGCGUGAGGGAGACGUGGUUGAGGGGCAACAAGGUAUAUGUGAUGGGCGCUGGAAAUAAUGGUUUUGUCACCAGCAAGGCUGCGGGCGAGGCUAUCACGGAGAAGAGAACGAUCUAGCCUGAGAGAGAAGGAAAAGAACAAGAGAAAAGAGAAAGAUGGUUUGGGGACAUCAUGGCACAUCAUUGGGAGGGCGAAUCUCGCUGCAUUGCGUUUGAGUUUUACAUAUGGGAUUAGACAUGUGACGUGCAUUUUCACAAGAGGUACAUAAGAAGCACUAAAAGGACUAGAUAUAGAUAGGAUACAAUAUUAUGACAAAUUCUUUCG